CUCUACUAAUGCCUCAGAUGCCCACCGUUUCGUUGUUCCAAUCCAGGUCUACAGCAAUACGUACGAAAGCUCUUGCAGCCUUGCUCAAAUGCACUUGCCCGGGCUUUGCGGACAUAUCGGAGUUCCCACAAGAGAAGUUACUAUAAGGGGAGGAUGUUGACCCAUAUAUCUGUGCAUAUUGACCUCACAGCGAGAAUUACUCCUGGUGAGGUUUAGGACUCAACUGUUUGGUUCGCAGCAGAGUAGACGAAGAAAUUGAUGUGAUAAAUACCGAAGCAUAUCGUCGUCUUCUCAGGUUCUAUCGUCAUGUCUUCUCAAACCAUUGUCCUCAUUACUGGCGCCAACUCUGGUAUUGGAUACGCCACAGCCAAGGUCAUUGCUUCAGCCUCGCCAGACUACCACGUCCUCGUCGGUAGUCGCAACCCGGAGAAUGGGAAGAAAGCAGUGGCGGAGCUCCAAGCAACUGGCGCAAUCAAAGCUACCUUGACCGAUGUCCAGAUCGAUGUGACCGAUCAGGCAUCAGUGGAUGCGCUCGCCAAAUUCAUCGAGGAGAAAUUUGGACGUCUUGAUGUCCUGAUCAAUAACGCCGGCAUCGCCCCCACCGACGGCGAUCUAAGGAGCAUCAUCGAUCGCACCUUCCAAACCAACGUUACCGGACCCAUCGUCUUGACAGAAGCUUUGAAGCCGUUGUUGUUGAAGUCGAAGAACCCGUACUCCAUCUAUGUCACGAGCGGCUUAGGCUCUUUGACCAUGGCAGAAUCAGGCAAGGUGUAUUCGGCCCCGUAUGCGGUCUACAGCGCGAGCAAAUCGGCUCUCAACAUGCUCAUGAUCUACGAGUCAAAGGAGAUGGGCAAGAAAGGCUUUAAGAGUUUUGUGGUGUGUCCCGGUCUGGUACGGUCGAACUUGCGUGGCAAGUCGGAGGAGGCGGUGAAUGCUGGGGGUAGAGCUGGAGACCCUAUGGUGUCUGGAAAGACCAUUUUCAGUGUCGUUGAAGGAAAGCGAGACGCCGAUGUUGGGAAGUUUGUGCACAAGGAUGGUGUAUACCCUUGGUGAUGAUUUCAGUCAGGGUUAUUAACACCGAGGACAUCAGAUCAUCUUCUUCCCCUUCCCCAAGUAUUCCACUCUACGUCUCG